UUUUUUUCCCUCCCUCAUCUCUCGUCUUUGGAACUUGCCAUCUCUCACACCCGCAAGAUUCAUCAACCAUGCAACCCUUUCAUCAAAACCCCAUCUGAUACUGGAACCUAUUCUCCUCUAGCGGCGGUUUUUUGGUUCUUCCCGCUUUAUUUACCGCCUCCAGCAUCGCUCCCAGCGUCAUGGCGCACUCCCGAUCGCGUUUGGGACAGAAGAACCUUUUGGCUUCUCCAGCUGUGCCUAGUCCGUCACGUAGACGUGUGACGAGAAGCCAGAGUCGCGAGCUGGACCAAGCGCCUAAAUUGUCGAAGAAUCAUCACACAGCUCCAUCGCAUCCAUCUAACGGCAGAAACAAGUGGGGACAAAACAAGGGUUUGUCUACCGUGGUCGAAGAAUCGCCUUUCCGGUCCCCACAUAAGCCUGGUGUUCGGUAUGGCAACGCGGUCAUACCCGAGUCCCCUGAAGAUGUAGUAAAUAUCUCCGGGACAACUAUUCUACCAUCAGAACCCGAUAAUGACUUGGAUCCGGAAAUGAUGCUGGAGGUUCUUCCAGACCUCGAGAGAGCGGGGAGGAAUCUCCUGGAUUUCCUGGCACCGAGUACUGCAAACCCGGUCAAUAUUGUCAAUAAAGCCAAGCAACUCGGUGAUCCCAGAAAUACCGAGAGCAGACGCCUCCGUCGUCUGAUUACGAAUCUAGACGAAGAAGUCAAGUUUUACGGGAACGAGACCUAUCUCGAUGCGGAACGUCUCGGGAUCAUAUUUUUUUCUGCCCUGGCUGGUCGACGUGGGGGGGUUCAAAAGGACUGGAGUCCCAAUCCUGUUGUGCAUAUGGCCAACUGUGCACGCUUUGCGGCUGAGAUCCUUCUUGCAAACGUCGGGACGAACUCUCCAAAACGGGCCAUUGCAAAUGUUGAGGCUCUGUUUCCCAAGCCGUUCAUGGACGACCUGGUCGAGGAUGACGAAGCAAAGGCUGCUGGGGAUAGCUCUUUAGAAAAGGACACGUUUGACCUUGCUCUGGAAAUUCGCACACAAGCAUUGAUCAUACAAUUGGAAGACCACCAGGAUGAUCCUCAGUUUGACGCCAAGAAUGCUGUGCGAACGGCCUUUUUCGUCGGUACCUCUCGAACUGCGGCUCUUCGAGGCUUCAACUUGCCUAUUUUUGGUGGAGAGAGCGGAGCUCUUCCUGCACAAUACCGGGACAUUGCCCAGGAUCGUUUCAAUGAAAUUCUCCUGUCCGAGCGUGGAGACGGCUCCUUUGAUGUUGAGGAGUUGAAAGGCGCUUACCGUUGGCCACGAUUUGUCCUGCGAGCCGCGCAGUGGAUUCGCAAGAGGACGGCUGAGAUUAGCAACGACUUGGAAAAUCAUAUGAGCGCGCAAGAUGUGCACGAUGCAUUCUUCACCUCAAAACACCCCAGCUUCACUAGCACUGUGGGUGGGUCGGAGGGAGAACCAAGUACUGUCGAAGAAGCUGAGGAGGAACCCAACGAGUCGGAGGUGGGCGAACCAGCGGUAUCUGAAUCAGCAGAACGGCCGCAGGAUUCACGGCCCUCACCACGGGAUAGGGAAAAAGGAAGAAGGUUGUCUAAGCCUUCAUUCUUGAAUGCUCUGUCAAUUCAACGCAUAGCGCAAAGACAAGAACGCUUGCGCUCUGCAACCGAAACGUCAGAUAGCCGGCGCCAUUCUGACAUUGGUCUUGCUUCACAGCAAGCUCCCGAGCAAUCUUCUAGCAGCCGUCGUCAAACGCUUCCCGCACGCCCGGACCGGCCACCACAGGCGGACGAACCCCGUGAGAUCCCCGCCUCGCCCGAGGACUCACCUACCUUGUUGCAUGGUGAGGACGAGUUCACCAUCGGCGUUGAUACACACCUUGCCAUUGGAAACGAGGGUACCCAAUUGGAAAAGUCACACAGCCCUCCAGUCCGACGCACGAGAACCCCUCCCCAGCGGCACAGACCCUCGCGGGCUUUGAGCCAGGAUGUAUGGCAUUCGAUUAAGAUGGGUUCCUUCCGCGAGGCCUCUUCAUCACCUAGUCGCAUUGCACCACCGGCAUUCAUUGACCGGCAGCACAACGCCGAGCGUGUGUCCCCGAUCAGUCAAGAUGUCGAGGCGCAAAGCGCUGUCGGGCGUGUAGAAGCCCGCGUAUCCCGAAAGCGGGCUCGAGAGGUGUCCGAAGAAUCCGAAGGCGAUGAGGAGGAGGAGUUCUCCAAUUACACUGGCCAGGCUGACAUUGACCGUAGAAGAGCAGAGAAGCCGCGGCCCGUGGGAAACAAACGACAACGAGUUGAAGAACCAGAACCAGAACAAGAACAAGAACAAGUUAGUGAUGAUGACGAUCUCGACGAGUCGAUCCAAGCCAGUCCCCGACGCCGACAACCUGGUUGGGUUCCCAGCCGGCAAGCCAGCAGGGACUAUCUCCAUUCCGUAAACUCAUCAUCCUCGCACCAGCGCUGGUCGCCUGCGGAGGAUAAGCGACUUCUUCGAUUGAUUGAAGAGCUUGGAUGUGGCUGGGCGCGUAUCGCACGGCAGAACGAAGCGCUGCCACUCAAGACCGGGGAAGCACGCAUUGAAGGGCGCAACCAGGUGCAACUGAAGGACCGUGCUCGGAAUUUGAAGAUAAAGUUUCUUCGUGAAUCCAUCCCCUUGCCCCGAAACUUUGACAAGGUCACCAUGAAAGCCAAGGACUACGACAUGCUUGAAAAGCGAGGCAUCGAUGUGCCUCGUCCUUGAACUACGCGCCGACAGCCGGACACGGGUGGUUUGGGCUGAACCCAGUCCGCUUAUUUUAUUAGAACAUUGCUAUCAGUAUGGUUUACGUAUGAUACCCAGGGGGAGGGAGGGAUACUUGGUGUUUAUUCCGUUUUAUUUCCCAGCAAGUUCCGGAUCCUUUAUACAAGAUCUCUAAAACAUUUUUCUGCCCGUAGAGAGAGAGAGAGAGAGAGAGAGAGAGAGAGAGAGUCAAGUAAACAAAAUGAUCAAAACGAGAGAACACGAUACCACAACCAAACAUAUCCAUCACCC